AGGAACACCCCAUGUAUUUCACAACCCGUGCGAUCGGCCUCUAGCCCCGCCCCUGCGGGAAACCAAUACAACGUAGCCCGCUCCAGCUAGUGAACAUAAACACGAGGCUGCUGUACAUGGAAGUUAAAAGAAGUGAAGAAACAUUUGAGACGGACUGAGUCGGGACAAACGUAACCUGAAACGGAUAAGGAGGCUUUGAGAACUGCUGGAUAACAAGACCUAUAACAGGGAUGAGUGAUACAGACACCAGCACAAUGAAAACUGAAGAUGCUCCAGAACAAAGAGAUCCAAUGGAACUGAAAGAAACGUCAGUAUAUCCUCAUUGUGGAAAUGGAUGUGAAAGUAAAGAGCACAUAAGAAUCCACACUGGAUAAAAGCCUUUCACCUGCCCUCAGUGUGAAAAACAUUUCUCAAGCCAAGGAAGACUUACUGCUCACAUGAGAAUUCACACUGGAGAGCGUCCAUACACAUGUGUUCAGUGUGGAAAGAGUUACACAUUAAAACAUAAUCUUCAAGCUCACAUGAGAAUUCACACUGGAGAGCGCCCAUACACAUGUGUUCAGUGUGAAAAGAGUUUUUCAGAUAAAAGAAAUCUUGAUGUCCACAUGAGAGUUCACACUGGAGAGCGUCCAUACACAUGUGUUCAGUGUGGAAAGAGUUUUUCAGAUAAAAAAAAUCUUGAGACCCACAUGAGAACUCACACUGGAGAGCGUCCAUACACAUGUGUUCAGUGUGGAAAGAGUUUUUCAGAUAAAAAAAAUCUUGAGACCCACAUGAGAACUCACUCUGGAGAGCGUCCAUACACAUGUGUUCAGUGUGAAAAGAGUUUCACAGAUAAAAGAAAUCUUGAUGCCCACAUGAGAACUCACACUGGAGAGCGACCAUACGCAUGUCCUCAGUGUGGAAAGAGUUUCACACAAAAAACAAGUGUUGAUGUCCACAUGAGAAGUCAUACUGGAGAGCGUCCAUACACAUGUCCUCAGUGUGAAAAGAGUUUCAUACAAAAAAAAAGUGUUGAUGUCCACAUGAGAAGUCAUACUGGAGAGCGCCCGUACACAUGUCCUCAGUGUGAAAAGAGUUACUCGCACAAAAACAGUCUUGUUGCCCACAUGAGAACUCAUACUGGAGAGCGUCCGUACACAUGUCCUCAGUGUGGAAAGAGUUUCACACAAAAAAAAAGUGUUGAUGUCCACAUGAGAACUCAUACUGGAGAGCGUCCGUACACAUGUUCUCAGUGUGAAAAGAGUUUCAUACAAAAAAACAGUCUUGAUAUCCACAUAAGAUGUCACACCGGAGAGCGCCCGUACACAUGUCCUCAGUGUGAAAAGAGUUUCAUACAAAAAAUCAGUCUUGAGACCCACAUGAGAAUUCACACUGGAGAGUGUCCGUACUUGUGUGUUCACUGUGGAAAGAGUUUCACAUACAAGAGAAAUCUUGAUACCCACAUGAGAACUCAUACUGGGGAAAAGCCACAUGUUUAGUGUGAUCAGAGUUUCAAACUGAAAAGUAGUCUUAAGAAACACGAGCUAAAAUUCAUGCUAAAGUGCGCUCGUACAUAGUCUGCGGUGUGGAAGGAGUUUGCCAAUUAAAGGAAAACUUACUGUAGACAUGAGAACUCACACUGGAGAGCACACACAACCAUGUCUGAUGCCGCUAGGUGUCAAUGCGCUGCAACAGAAUAAAAUGCAUGAAAAUGCGAAAAACCCAGCAAAUCAAGAAAACAUCAUCAGUUUGAUAACAAAUGCGCUGCAAAAACUCACAAUAUGACCAAAUACCGAAUUGUGAUGCAAGCAGGAGAGAAAACAACGGAAACAUUUCCAACCGGACGCAGAAAGUGAAAAACCCGACUGGGACGUGCUCGUAUUUGCAUGUACAAACCAUAAUAAAUAUUAACCAAAUAAUUUUACUGCAUCCUUUCUUAAGGCAGCCGUAAGCGCAUGCUAAGCAUUAACUCACGGAGCGUGCAGACGCGUGCGACUAGGUGUAAAUGCCCUCCGAAACGUUUUCGAGACAGAUUAAAAUCCGAUCACGCAAAUCACUUGACGAAACUGGACACGUGUAGUUCAUCUGAUUGUUGAGGCCACAUUUGUCAGGGCUUUACUCCUCCAAACGGAGUGCCACUGCCAGCCUUGCUCAAGUUUUUUGUUUUAAAUGUAGACACGGGACAAUCGCGCUCACAAUGCGCUGUGACAUUCUCUGUCUUCCCGGCGCGUCUACGGCUCAGCAAAGAUAAUAGCGGAGCUACUGUGAGGGAAUUUCGGUGCUAGCCAUCAAUUUAUCCUUUACAUAAAUUUAUCUCAUGGAUGCUUAGCAUCGGCUGCCGUGCGCUUUGGAAAGGAGAAGAAAACUGCGCGACCGGUGGUUUCCCUACCUGCUUUUAGACGUGACGUAAAAAAACGAAUGUGAAAUAUGAAUAAGUAAAAAAUAAUGUUUGUAUUUUGGGUGGUAUUGCAGAUCGGUUUUAUAUAUGUUUAGCUAAAACUGGCUGGUGGAAAGCAAAUGUGAAGCGCUUCCCGAGGCGUUUUCUCUAUUCCCGGGACAUCUGUGCCAUCUGAAAGGGUGUUUUCUGCCGCGGGUCUAAUUGUCAACAAGCUCCAGACUGUCACCACAACACGUAAACAUGUUACUUUAUUAAAUAAAAACUCCAAGCUUUGGAUUGAGGUAGGCCUGCUGUUUUUAUUUGAUGAAAAAACUUUGACGGAAAUAAACCUUGCCGGUUCUACUGUUUUCGUUUUGUCAUGAUUUGUUAAUUAAUUCCGUUUUUUUCUUGCCUGUUUAUUUUAUGCUUUGGAUUUAUAUUAUUUUAGUUUUUCUCCAUUGUCCAAAACGCCGCAGGUUCGUGAAAAUGUGGUAAUAUGUGAAUGCAGGUGCUGUUGUUGAUGUAUUCAUUAUGCUGCUGUUUGUAUGUUGAAAUAAAUCUGUGAAAAAAAUGUUUGUAUAUUUAACGUGUCACUGUCAACUGUAGCUGUGUCUCAUUUCGAAGUCUGCGUCCUCCGGAUGUCGCAUCCGAAGGCGUAUGCGGCGGACAAACGCAGCAUCCUCCAUCCCCAGCUCC